GAAGUUUUGUUGCACAGUAGAGCGAACAGUCGGUCGGUCGGGUGUGUGUGUUUGUUUUUGGCACUCGGAAUUUUAUCUUUUACCGAUCCGUUUGCGAUUAUCUCAACAGUUAUAAUAGCGUUUUAAUAACUGGAUAUCUUCGGUGAUAGAUAUGAGCUUUCUAUUCAGUAGUCGGUCAUCGAAGACUUUCAAGCCAAAGAAGAACAUUCCGGAGGGCUCGCACCAGUAUGAGUUGCUGAAGCAUGCUGAGGCGACGCUGGGCAGCGGCAACCUACGUGUGGCUGUCAUGCUCCCAGAGGGAGAAGACCUCAACGAAUGGGUGGCAGUAAACACUGUGGACUUCUUUAAUCAGAUCAACAUGCUAUAUGGGACCAUCACUGACUUCUGCACCGAAGAAAGCUGCUCUCUAAUGUCUGCCGGGCCGAAGUAUGAAUACCAUUGGGCUGAUGGGACCAACAUUAAAAAGCCAAUCAAAUGCUCUGCUCCAAAGUACAUUGAUUACCUGAUGACCUGGGUUCAGGAUCAGCUUGAUGAUGAAACUCUUUUCCCUUCAAAAAUAGGCGUCCCUUUCCCAAAGAACUUCAUGUCCGUGGCAAAGACGAUCCUGAAGCGGCUGUUCCGUGUCUACGCUCACAUUUACCACCAGCACUUUGACUCAGUCAUCCAACUGCAGGAAGAAGCCCAUCUCAACACUUCCUUCAAACACUUCAUCUUCUUCGUUCAGGAGUUCAACUUGAUUGACAGGAAAGAGCUGGCACCUCUUCAGGAACUGAUCGAGAAGCUUACCUCUAAAGACAGAUAGAUAGACUGAGCGAAUCGUUAUUUUUACCCUUCUCCCCAAUUACUGUGCACAACAGCCUGGUUUUGUUUCCUCUGUCGUUUUACAGGUUUUGUGGGACUGGCUCCUGGAUUAGUCUUUUAUUCUCCACAGUUUUAACUUGGCAGCGAAUGCUUCUUGUGUUUCUAACGUCCGUCUGACCUUUUUCUCUAAAAAGUUGAUCGUAUCUACGUAAGUGCCUGGCGUAUGUCCACCUGCAAACGGUAACUGUUCUGUGAAAAAGCACCAACACCUGUCUCUGUAGCACCAACUUUCCCCAAAAAUCAGGUUUUAGGGUUUUCUUUGUCACUUACAGAAUGAAGCAUGUCGACACUUUGGGAAGAGAAAAGCCAGUAAAUACAGUACACCUCAUUUCUGUUGAUAUUGAAGCUGGAGAUUUGUCGUCGUCUUCUUUUCUUGAGUAACAUACGCUUUCUCCUGGUCACACUCUUUUUUGCACUGAGUCCGCAGUCACCUGACAUGACUUUUUUUUUUGGUACCAAUAGUUAAAUGAAUAGUAACAUAGAGCUUUAAUUUGAUUUUAACCACAGGUUCUUAUAAAGGUGGGUCUUUUGGUUCAUAAUGGGAAGGGAAUAGGGUAACGAUUACUAUGCAAUGUUCAUGCUUUUCUUUCUUGCUUUCAAAUUUUGUUCUUUCCAUAGGCAAGGCUUGUAAACCCCAGAGUUAGUGCCAAUAUCCAACUCCCCACAGUCUCCUUGUGUAAGUAAAAUAGAAGCAGCAUAAAACCUGAGGGAAUUAUUUUUUUUUUUAAAUAGUGUUUGUUUUCAUCACUUUAUUCCUGCAAGUUUGUCAGGUUCUUUGUCUAUGUAUCUACAUAAAUGUAAAACAGAGUAAAACGUAGAUGAAGCUUAUAAAUGGAGUCUAAAGCUGUAAUAAGACACAAAUGACCGGGUUGUGGUAUCUAAUAUGUAAUCAUAGGAAUACAUUUGAUCUUCUAUUAGUUGAGGUUUUGUUGUUUGCACUUUGAAUUAUGAGCAUAAGAGGUUUUAUUCCACUACAGCUGCCUUCUCUGAAAUCAGAUAUUAUUGAAAUGUGCUACAAACAUUUGCAAAAUUUAUUAUAAAAUAUAAUUUCCCGACCGCUAGAUGAUAAAACAUUGCUUGGUUUUAAGUUGGAUUCACCUCAUUAACAUUAACUGGAUGGUGAAGAAGUAGAUAUAAUUACUCGGCCUUUUCUCAAGCCCAUGUUUCCAAAUAACAUUAGCAUUUCCCUUCAGCCGUCAUCGAAUACACUGUAUUGUUUUUGCUGAGAAACUUGUAAAUAAUGUACACACACAAGGUAUGCGGUGAAAUUCAGAAAAUGUGUAACUUGCAACACUUUUGUGGUACAAUAUUGAAUGCUGUUUAUAGUGUAAUAAAAAUGUUUGACCAAGA